GAGGACGCUAUAUUAAAAAUAGUGGAAACACCAUUAUUAAAAUUAAUAAGGCGUAAAAUGAAAAAUUGUCGUUGUUCUUUCCUGUUAUCAGAGAUUUUGUUGUAUUUAUAGUAAGGUUGUUAAGUAGUGCUGCCAAUCUGGGCCUAACCAGGCCAUCAACAAGAAUAAGAUGGCAUCAAGCAAAACAUGGAAUUGAAGACACCAUAGAAAGCUAUCAAGAUGUCUACAACAAGUGAUAAGACAGGCUCUACUAUUAGCCUGGCGACCAGCACGUCUUCUGACACACUCUCCCUGCCAUGGAUCAUGGAGAGAGACCACUUGGAGUCCUUUCCCUCUAGCCUUAGCAUAUCAAUCGACACCAACGUCAAACCAGGGCAAUAUGUACUGCAGAGCUUAUUUGCAGAGUUUACCAUCCAAGCAGAGAGGAAAAUUGAGAAGGUGAUGGGAGAAUCACUGGAAAGCCCUCUAGCGAAGUCACUACAGAGACGAGAAGACCCACAAUUUGAUCAGUUGCUAAGUUCACUGAGUGCAGUUGCCGAGCACUGUCUUCCAUCUCUACUGAAGACGCUGUUUGAAUGGUACGACCUUCAGAACGAGGAUGACAGCUCGAGUCAGCGACAAAAAACAAAGAAUCAGGCGAAAGGUGAAAAGGAUUUCCUUGCAGAGAGGCGUGAUCUUGCUGUGGAUUUUCUUUUUUGUCUGGUGUUGAUAGAGGUUCUUAAACAGCUUCCAGUCCACCCUGUACCGGAUGAGAUGGUUGUCCACAUUGAGACACUUGCCUUCAAGCAUUUCAAACAUAGAGAAGUAUUACAAGCUGGACCAAAUGCCGAAAAUUUCCACAUAAUUGCUGACCUUUAUGCUGAGGUGCUAGGGGUCGUUGCGCAAACACGGUACAUGUCUGUGCGUAAGCGUUUCCUGUCGGAGCUGAAAGAGCUUCGUUCCGAGCCUCAGAACGUGCAGACGACGCAGAGUAUCAUCAGCCUCAUUAUGGGCAUGAAAUUCUACCGCGUGAAAAUGAUGACUAUGGACGACUUUGAAGCCUCCUGCAAGUUGCUUCAUGAUUGCGCAAAUUAUUUUGUUGACCUCAAGGAUAAGGAUAUAAAGCACGCCCUCGCUGGACUUUUAGUCGAAAUUCUUAUUCCGGUAGCUGCAUGUGUCAAACAUGAGGUCAAUAUUCCAGUGCUGAAAAGCUUUGUGGAAAAACUCUACCAAACUGUUCUUGAUCCAUGCAGCAAGAAGAAGCAUUCAUUAGCAUACUUCCCACUGGUCACAUGUCUGUUGUGUGUUAGUCAGAAACAGUUCUUCCUCUCAAAUUGGCACUACUUCUUAACUAUCUGUCUAUCUCAUUUAAAGCACCAGAAGGAGGCUAAGAUGUCCCGCGUUGCACUUGAGUCACUGUACCGCCUGCUCUGGGUUUACAUGGUACGCAUCAAAUGCGAGAGCAACAACACGACAAACAUCCGUCUGCAGAGCAUCGUCAACAGCUUGUUUCCCAGGGGAUCUCGUAAUGUUGUUCCACGAGACACGCCUCUUUUCAUCUUUGUCAAGAUCAUACAGUUCAUCUCGCAAGAAAAGCUGGACUUUGCCGUACGGGAUGUGAUCUUUGACCUGGUCGGUGUUGGCAGUGGUGGUAGUGCACCAAAGUCAAGAGUCCUCUGUCCAGAGAGAAUGAACAUCGGCUUGAGGGCAUUUCUCGUAAUAGCAGACAGCCGUCAACAGAAGGAUGGCACUCCCCCAAUGCCUGCUACGACAAGUGUGAUGCCAUCUGGAAACACACUACGUGUAAAGAAAACAUUUCUUAGUAAACAGCUUACAGAAGAAGCAGCCAAAUCUAUUGGAAUGAUAACAUACUACCCGGUUGUCUGUAAAGCGCUCAACGGAAUUUUACAGAUGCUGGACCGUGAAGUAGGGCGCCCUCUAUUAAUGACUAAUGUGCAAUGUGUGAACAAGGAAUCUGAUGAUGUGAUGACAGGUGAACGUAAACUGAAAAUUGAGCUUUUUCGUACGUGUGUAGCGGCCAUUCCGCGACUAAUUCCCGAGGGACUAAGCCGUACGGCACUGCUAGAGUUACUCUCACGGUUGACCGUGCAUCGUGAUGAAGAACUUCGAGGGCUAGCAUUUACCGCUCUUCAGAACAUGAUGAUGGAUCUGGUGGAAUGGCGGGAGGAGAUCAUGCAUUAUUUCGUCCACUUCGUCCUUACUGAGGUCCACGAUACGUUCCCGCUGAUACUGGAGAACUCCCUCAAGAUGCUGGUACAGCUGCUGUCCCAGUGGAGGACGUCGGAACUCGGCAAAGAGGAAAAGACAUUGUCCAGGGCACCUUAUGAGCGUAACCCCUUUGCGAACACUCUCAACAUGGUAGAAGGGUUCUCAUUGGUGUUCCUUUGCAGCUGUCGACCAAUCACAAGACGUCUUGCGGUAGUUCUCCUGAAGGAAGUCAGAAUGCUCUUUGGUAUUCUUGGUUAUUCUAGGGUGGAUGAUGAUGCUGUGAUUGACAUCAUAGACAGAGCAUGUGCCACAAUUGUUGAGAGCUUUCUGAAUCAGCUACCACCAGCAGAAAGAGCAGCUGUUAUAGCGACCCCAAGCAUCGACCUACACUGGCUUGUUGAGCGUUCCAUUAACACCUGGUCUGGUAGCUCGUAUGAGACGACACCCAACGAUAGCUUGAACAAAGCCCUAGCUUCAUACGGUAUGGGUGGCUUCAACCCAUGGAUCAUGUGUCUAGCCAGCUUCUUUGCUAGUGAUUUCUUGCCCCAUUUCUGUCCUACGGCUGUCUACAAUGCUUGGCCAUUUGUUUACCAUAGAUUAAGUCAACUGUAUUCCAAUAUUGAUGCAAGUGCACCAUCCGAUAGCCGUAUAUCGAUUCGAGCAAAGAAGACCAUUACAAUGAUGGAUGGCAACCUAGCUCUUUGGAGGAACUACCUCGUCUUCGCUUGUAGCUGUGCCCCACCAAGUACGGGCUACCAAACGCCAAGACGAUGCCUCUCACCAGAACCAACAGGGUACUCACCACCAGACAAUUUAGCUCCAGCUGAUCGUCAGGACCUUAGGAUGGCAACAAUGAUUGGCAGCAACUCUGCCAGUACGCUCUUCAAUAAAUACCUUGUGCCAUUACUACGGUGUGAGAACACGGAUAUCCGCGAAGCUGUUGUCACAGGCCUAGGAUGGACAAAUGCUUAUGCUUUCAGGGAUUUGAUGGAUGAAUUGCAGCCGUUAAUCAGAGACGCUAUUGAACGGAAACAAGAGAACAUGCGUCGGAGGAGAAGGCGUGACUUUUUGCGUGUGCACCUCAUCCGUGUAUUGGAGCUUCUCGCAGAACAUGGGGUCUUCAAGGAAAGUUUUGUGAGGGGUAUGAAUAAGGAUUCGCAGUCAUUAAACUCCAUCUUUGUGGAGUACAUCGACGGGAUGCGACUGUUUCUGGAGAGUGAGGGGGACAAGGAUUCCCCCACCCUACAAGAGAUCAGACUUCACUUCAGUGGAUUCAUCCAUAAACUUAUUAGGAGCAUGCCAGUUGAAAAUCGUGCUAAUUUGUUACGCAAGGAGGCAAAGUACAGUAUAUUCUUCCUGUGUGGUUCUUGGUGCCGAAAGCUUGGGGUCACGUAUGGCGCGGUUGAUCGCAAUCCUGUCUACAAGGAUGAACAAAUGAGUCACUUGGAGAUGGAGUCAUUGCAGGCUAUGUCAGCAUUGUUGGUUUGUGGUGAAGUCUUUGAUCAAAAUGCUUUGUAUCAAGAAGGCUACUUGUAUAGCUGGUUGGAUAACCUCCUCGAUUGUCCAGAUGAACGGGUUCAUCAGUUAGGGAAGGAGACCGCAAUAUUACUUCUUGAGAACAACCCUAAACUGUCCAUGCUCCUGACCUGGACCAUUGACCGUUGUUACACCAGUCACAAGCAGGUGGCUGAUGGAUGCUUCCAAGCAAUGGCCGCCAUCCUGAACAGCAGGGAAACGUACCCAUGUGACCUGAUCCCUACGCUGUGCGUUAUCCUACUGAAGGCAGCCGAUGCCUGCCGCACAACGAGGAACACGGCCCUUAACCUGAUGCAGGUGCUCCAUAUGCGAUUUUUCCCAGAUGAGUUGUUGCAAGCUACCUACGGAAAAUCGCACAUUCUGCUUAGUCAGGAAUUGGCCAAACUUCAUCCGGAACUGACACUCGCAAUCUUUUCAGAACUAACUGAAAGAUUUGAUUCAGCACUCCUCAACAUUCGCCAAAACAUCUUAGAAGUACUCCUACCUUGGCUGUACAACAUUGAACUAGUCGAGAGCUCAGCUGCACACGGUAGUAGCCGCAACGCCAACAAAGAGGAAGAUGCUGAUUGGGACGAUGAAAAUGAAUGUCCGCUUAAAGGCAAUGGAUGGGGAUCAGAGAGGGCGACAAACAUUGUUUUGAACAAUAUGUUUUUCAUAACAGCCGAGUAUGGUGAGGAGCAUACUCGUGAGUUGCAGCAAUUAUGGGCAGGACUUUGCAAGUGUUGGCCUGGCAACCUUUGCAUUAUUCUUGAUUACUUGUUUUUGUUGUCCGGCAUAGCUACCAAUCCUGACCUCCUGCCAUAUGUGAAGAUGGUUCUUUCCUUCAUUGCUGGAGCAAAGUCUCAGAGUCUGGUAAAAGAACUUUUGAGGGAAUUGCUAAGCUGGGAUCCCAUCAAUACGCAUGUUGAACGUAUCACUGUACCUCCCUACUUCAGGCCCUUCAAUUCGGGGAAGCUUUGCAAUGCAGAUCAGGAGAUUGGCAGUAUGGUGUCACUCAUGGACAAGAUGGAUAAAGACGAGGACACAUCUGGAGAGAUUGGUGGGAUGGAGAAGUCACUACUGGAGAAGAAUCCGGAUGGGGUGUUGUUCUCUGGGGCUUUCAAGACCAUACCUAAAGUCCCGAGUGAUCCUGGAACAAGAGAGCGAACGGACAGCUUCGCAAAAUCUGACAGUACCCUACGACACAGUAGCUGCAGCAGCCUUGGUACACUAGCCAGCGGUAAUUCCAACCAAAGUAGUGAUUCGGGCGAUAGAAACAGUAAGCUUGUCUCAAGAAUCGUUGAAGAAAAAGAGGAAGAGCAGUCACUUUUAUCAAUACACAACUCAACACCCAAAGCACUGUUUUCGCAGUGGCGGGCUUUAUACAAAUCGCGUGAUUACGCGCCAUUGCCAUUACCAACACCUGAUGAACUACACUGCGCGCCGCUGUACGAGGACAUUGAUGAUAAUGAGCCACCGCAUAGUGCUGUUCUUCACCGAUGCAACCUUGCAGUAGUAUUAAUGGCUGACCUUGUCACGGAAAGACUUGACAUCGAUUGGGCCAUCCACCUCCCCAACAUCCUUCACGUUGUCUUCCUCGGUUUGGAUCACAGCCGCCCUCUAGUGCACGAACACAGCAAACGUUUACUGCUUAAUCUUCUAAUUGUCCUGUCCACCCACAAUGACUAUGUGUUCAUUGCACAGACUCUUCUGUCACAUGAUACCAUGGGCGAGAUGUCAACUCUGGUGGAACAGAUGCCACAAGCAAAAGAAUAUGAUUUCACAGGCUCCGUUAGCCCAACCAGUACUCACCCAGCUGAGGCCUUUAUGACUGACGUAGUUGAGGGCAGCAUGAUGGGUUCAACGACGACGCUUGGAGGCCAAUCAACAUCUAGUACUGGAAGUUCCGGGACAGUAAUCGCUGCGUCACCAUUGCGCACAAUUCAUAAGAACGUUGAUUAUCUCAGAGGUGUAGAUGAAAGUGCCAAGGCUCUCAUUGAGUUUUUGGUGACCAGGAAAUGUCGGCCUAUGUGGUGUUCAGAAGUGAUAACACCAAGGGUGGUAUCCAUCAAGAGUGCUGAACAAAUUGAAGUGUUUCUGCGGCAUGUUGUUAAGAUAUUCAAGAGCAGCCUGAAAACAACACACCUGGAGCAACGCUGGUCCCAGGUGGCGCUUCAGUUGGCCUUGGUUUGCCCAAUACGUCAUUAUGCUGGAAGAUCUUUCCAGAUGGUGAGAGCCCUUAGUCCUUCAUUGAAUGCCAGGAUGAUGUCCGACAUCCUCCGUAGACUGGUAGACACUGUAGCUGACCAAGCCGAAGAGAACCAGGGAUAUGUUACAGAAAUCUUACUGACGCUUGAGGCUAUGAUCGAGCCUUUGGCGUAUGAGAUCAUGCUUCCCGACAUACGUGACCGAUCGAAGAGCGGCACAGUGUACAGCUCCAGGAAGUCAUCAGACAUGCGCAAGAGUACCGGCAACUUGCACGGUAGCGGUAGUGGUAUGUACGAUUCAAGUAAACGGCAUGCAAGCAACAUGGCUGUCAAGAUCACUGAGAAUGCUACGCAAGUUACUAAUGGCAAGACAGAGCUCCGAGGCUACGGCGAACACCGAACCCGCACAUCUAGCACGUCAGAGGGGAGUGGCCGGCGCCUGUUCACUCGAUCCAUCAGUACCACUUCCAUCAAGUCCAUGGGUGAACAAGGAAGCAUAGAGGAGAAACUAAACUUACUCAUUCAACUCUUCUGGAUCUCCGUCUCUCUGCUCGAAUCUGACUAUGAGUACGAGUUCUCACUCGCACUUAAACUCAUUGAUAAACUUCUAAAACAUCUUCCUCCUGAUCGCCCAGAAGUCCGUUCCAAAAUGGAGUCAGUUUUGAGCCGGUUAAAAUGGCAAAACUUUCCUGGUCUACAAUCAUUACUUCUUAAGGGAUUUACGUCAGCAAGUACGAGCGAGGCGACCCUUCACCUGAUAGCCAAAUUGACUGUAUACUGCCACCUUCAGGUUGUGGACCCGACACAAGCUGCAGGCUUCCCAAUGAAUGUCAUUGCGGUUUUGCCAUACCUCAUCCAGCAUUUUGAACAACCGGAUAAAUUUGCAAUGGAGAUUGCGAAUAAUAUUAGUAGGAUGUGCAGUGAACGAUACACCCACAUGGCCCCGCUAUCCACCGUACUCACCAUGUACAGUGAGAAGACUUACAAUCGGGACAGCAAAGCCUGGACGGGAGUCGUCUGUAAAUACGUCCACAACAACUACUCGCAGUUUAGCAUCUCCAUGAUGACAUUCUUAAUUGAGGUAUUAGAAAAAGGACCAAUGAGCAACCAGUUAGCUGUUCUGACCAUUGUGUACUCGCUCAUCCAUAACGUUGACCUUAUGUCUGCCCCUAUGCAGCAGGUCAACGAUGACCUUCUACGGGUUAUUGCUAAAUAUGUUCAGGGUCCGCAUUGGAAGGAAUCGCUGAACAUAUUAAAGCUGGCAGUGUCUCGUUCAUCGUCGCUUGUGAAACCGUCAACGGCACAGGAUGAGAGUCGUCGAAGAUCGCGAGCGAACACUGACGGCGGUGGGUCACGGAAAGACCUACCUGGGCGUACUAUGGAGUUCACCUUUGACCUGUCAAAGAUGGUUGAACGAGAAGACAAAAGCACUCCUGUGAUUCGUCGAAAGUUUACAUCAAUGAUGACGGUGAUGACGACACAUAGUGAUGAGUCAGCAGCAAGCACGCUCAGUAGUGAUGACAGCAGUCUCAGCACGGAACCCACAGAGGUAUCGCAGUUGAGCUCAAUUGGUGGAUCAUCCGGAACUGCCACGACAUCAGCAAGUGCCAACCAGAGUAUGGUGAUGUCUGCCUGGCGCAAACCACAGCACUCGCAGCGACGCACUAGAGACAGACUAGUGAAAGUGUUACAAGCUCUUGGACAGAAUGUUGGCGUGUCCAGGAGUCCAUCGGUGAUCUUCAGUUCUACAAGCGACAUUGCCCUUGAACGCCAGCCUAGCACAUGUUCCAGCGAGACCACUUCAUUAGCAGACAACAUCAACAAUGAUAACAAACUGAACGAAAGCGAUGAGACGUUUGUCUUCAAAGACUUUGAUUUCCUUGACGUGGAGCUUGAAGGAAACGAUGAGAAAGCUUUUAAUUGGUGUGUUAGUCGACAGUCUUUGGAAAGUCUGGAUACUAUAGAGCCUAGUGCUCCGCCCAACUUGGACGCAGUGAUUGACGGGGAGAUGAAAGACUCGUCAGAUGAUGAUGAGACCAACAGUAAUUCUGGAGUUGAAGACAACACGAAUGAGACAUUAGUAGCCUCAAUUUAUGACCCCGCAUCCACACACGGCCACCUCAGUCCCGCCCAAUCAUACUCAAGCAUUGCUAGCGAGUUAGAGGGCCUUGACUCAAACUCAGCCAAUUUUUCCAGCACUCACUCCACCUUCAUCUACAUCCCAGUCGACGAGGUGGAAGAGGUCUGGCGGUCGCACGUGCAAGCCAUCCUGAACGACACCAGCGGCAAGGUUGCCGUCAACACAUUUCACACGUUCAUGCAGCUAUUUAAGGUCAUGUGUCAAAGGUUCUGCAACCUCACACGAGAGGUUUGUAACUAUCUUGGUGACAAGCUCCGGGACGUUGCUACACAAUUUCUUAGCACUCUAGAGCUUCUGAGGAGUAGAGAUGAUUGCCCGUACGUGUACGUGGACACCGAAACCAUGCUGUCAGCCAACCUGCUAGAGAGGCAUAAGUACUGUGUGCUGGAACUGCAAGAACACUACAACACCUAUGUUGAUAAGAGAGAUCUUACAGUACAGAAUUUGGAUGCUGUGAAAACAUCUCUCAAAAUACAGACAAUGUCAUUACAGGGACCUGAUGGAAGGAGUCCAAAAAACCAGCAACUUUUUUUGAAUCUUCAAGUGAAUUUGUGUCGUAAAUUGUAUCGACUGCACUUCCAGCUUCUCAUGUUGUAUGAUAGCUACUGCAAGCUCGUCACAAGAACAUCAUCAGCAAAGAAUAUUGCAAAAAUCACAGACUGUUCUUCUGAGGUAAAUUCUAUGCGCAUUGAGUUAAUUCAAGCGAUCAGUGAUGUAGAAAACAGUCCAGACGUCCCACAUCCAAAUAUUGACACCUCACAGAUGACCCCAGAAGUUGCUGUUGCCAAGCUGGAGAAUUGCCUAGCAACCAAACAGUUCAAAUUAGCCAUUCUGCAGCUUCAUAAUUUCAGAUCUAUGUGGUCCAGUAAUGUGUUUGGUUCAAGUGAAGAAGACGACUUAGACGUCCUAAUUGCUCUAUGCUGCAAGCAAUGCAGCAAACAGAAGACAGGUGUGCUAGUAAUUACAUCGUCCAAUAAUAGUCUCGCUGAUAGCCGCAAUCGACUUACCGAUGCAAAUAUGCAAUUGAGAUCAGCAUUGACGUUGGCAGAGACUUUAGAAACGAAAGACACUGAUGAUGCCAUGGAACCGCCAAUCAUUGUAGAGGAGGCUUCCAGCGAUGUUGUAAUAACUCCCAAAGCAGUGACAUCUCCUCGGCAAGAAAGACUGACGCCGAUAAAAGAGAUCCUCGCGACUGAAGGUGAGAAGAGGUUUGAAGAAAAAGAGGUGGAUACAUCAAAGGAGAGCUUUGAACAAUCGACAGAGAGUGAAGUGGAAGAGGUUGACAUCACACUGGAAGACACCAGUCCCUUGCAGAAGGAAGUAAAACCAGAUAAUAAUGAUGCAGAUGUUAUGGAGGAGACACCCACUGAUGCACAAGAAAUUAUUAAGGAGGCAAUUGUUAUGCAACUCAAUGGUGGCGAUGAGGACGGAGUUGAUGAGAAAGACAAACAGAGUCAGGCAAAAUAUUCGGAGAUUGAGCAAGACAUUGUUGAGGACAAUUCAAAGGCACCAACCGAAGAUGGCGCUAAUACACCAUCAUACCAGGACAAUAUCAAACGUAUAGAAGUGUUCACAAGUCCGGAACGAAUAAUUUCAAAAAGUGAGAAAGAAUCGGAUGUCAAGCCUCAUUCGUCGCCAGAUAUGUCGGAAAAUACGCCGCUGGACAGUCUUAUGGCGCGGUUAGAGUCGAGUUUAGUUGAGUCUAAAGUAGACCCAGACACAGACGAAGAUAAUGGUGAUGAGGAAGCGAAUGACAACAUUGCCAAUAUAGAAAAAACAAUUGGAAAAGAUGAGGAAGAAGAAGGCGAUGCAGCAGGAGGAACAUCGGAUGAUGUUGCUGAACUUGCGAGUACAAAGACUAAAUCGGAAGAUGAGAAACUUGACAGAAUCGGUGUGUUUGACAGAGAGAUCGACAGCGAACCUUCGAGCCCGACCGUACACAGUACUGAUCUUUAGUACACAUUAGUUUAUUCAAUGAAAUCUUUUAAAUCCAAUUGACUAUAUUUUGAUACUGUAAAAUUAAUUAACAGGAAUGAAUUUGUUUGGGACAUUUCAUCCCUGUACAUUGGGCAUUUUGAAAUACUGUAUAAAGCAUGACUUAUUGUAUAAAUGUAUUUUUUUUCGUAAAUUGUAGUUAACUUUACAUGCAUUAUGUUAAACACAUGGUAAUUUAAUAUACUGUAUAAAGGACUGUCUCAUUAAGCCUUGCUUCUUGGAUAUUGCAGCUUUAAGGUCCCACAAAACGACAACCAUUCAUAGAGAAGCAUGACUGAGCAGGGGAAGAUCCAGGGGGUAAGGCCAUGGAGGCUAGAGCCCUUACCCCUCCCAAAAAAUAAAAAAUGAGGGAAAAGGAAGCAGGUAGAAGAAUAUAUGACAGAAUAUAGAAAAUGAAAGCUCUGCGUGAUACCUCUGUAACAGUUGUAAUUUGUGUACUCGUAUUUAAUUUUUAUACAAAUGAAUGUAACCCCACCCACUUUUCCACUGGGGGUGGUGGGAUGCGGUACUUUCCAUGUCACAUGACCCUUACCCAGAAUUUUCUCUGGAUCCACCCCUGCUUUUAAUGUGAAUUGUGGGAUAUUUCCAGCCCUGGCAAUUAAAUAACAUGUCCUUAUUGAAAGUAUUGAAAUGCACGCCAUCAUGUUGGGAUUCAAUAUAUCGACAUUAAUUAUGUCAUCAUCAGGAAUGAUGAUUCAAGAUAUUGAAUCCCAACACGAUGGCAUGCAUUU